AUUUUUUUGGAAUGGAAUUUGAGGUAUUUGACACGGAAGAAUAUAAAAUUUUGUUUUGAGCAAGAAAAAGUGUGAAAAAUAAACUUUGGCCUAGCCAUUUACUUUCAGGGUGUUCAAUGUGCUAGCAAACGCAUUAGUUGCAUGUUCUAGGCGAUAAACACGCGUGUGAAGUGCAUUUAUCUCUAUGCAUGCAUGCAUAUAGAUAACGUGUGCAUAUAGAAAAUUGCAAACAAUCGUCUGGUGUGUGUUGCUGAGAGAAGACGAAAAAAAAACUACUCUCGAACGAUUGAUUAAAGCUCGGUACUUAUCAAUUUAUGAGUUUAGGCGCAUAGUCAUACAGUUGCAUCGUACGAAUAUCCAAUUGCUCUAAACGCAACUGUACCAAAUAGUCUGGUAGCAAAAUUUUGCAAACUUUUUUUUCGUAUUCAAACACAAAAUCAAUAUUCGCCACCGAAAUAUUCCACUUGGAAACGAAUUUUCCAUGGACGACGACCGUUGAUUUGUUUCGCAAUUUUUCACUGUUAUUAUACAAAACGCUGAACCAGCCAGACCAAAACAAUCAAAAACAAUGGACGACGAAGAUAUGAAAAUCGAAGCCAAUCGAUUGCAGACGUUCAGCAAUUGGUCGGGAAAUGUACCAGUCGAACCGGAACGAAUAGCUAGAGGCGGAUUCUAUGCUACGGGAAAUGAAUUGGAAGUGCAGUGUCCGUGGUGUAAGAGCAAAAUUUCCGAAUGGCGUUUCGGUGAUAUAGCUGUUAUGGCAAGGCACCGUCUGCUGGAUCCGUUAUGUCCGUUCGUUGUAAAUCCUACGUCGUCUGGCAACACUCCGAUCAGCAGUCAGCCAACACAAUCUGAGGUAGUGCCCGUUGACUUGAUGAAUGAACAGUGCCGACUAGCAACGUUCAAGAACUGGCCGAUCACUUACGUCUCACCAGUUGCAUUAGCCAAGGCAGGAUUCUAUUACUACAACCAGUCGGAUCGUGUGACUUGUGCAUGGUGUCAUGGCGUGAUAGCAAAAUGGGAGGAGGGUGACAAUCCAUUCACCGAACAUGAAAAAUUUUUCCCGAACUGUCCCAGAGUUCAGCUGGGCCCGAAUAUAACAAACAUUGCAGGAGAUGGUAUCCGAGACUUAGGCAUCCAACAAAUUCAAACGCCAAAACGUGAAAAAUAUUCCUGCUUGGAUGCUCGCAUUCGAACGUUCUCGCAGUGGCCCCGUAGUGAUAUACAACAUCCGGAGGUGCUAGCUACAGCUGGAUUCUACUAUUUAGACAUAGACGAUCAGGUGCGCUGCUUCCAUUGUAAUGGUGGACUGCGAUCGUGGCAAAAAGAAGACGAUCCGUGGUACGAACACGCCAAAUGGUUUCCGAAAUGCCAAUUUGUUCAGCUCGCCAAGGGCAGUGACUACAUCCAGAGUGUUCAGGAACAGACCAAACCGAGUUUGGAAGAGGCAAUGAACACAGAACCGGUACAAAAGGCCCUGGAAAUGGGUUUGCAUGAGGGACGAGUCCGGUCGGCAACGAAAAAUCGUCUCGACUCCACAGGCAGACCGUAUAUGAGUGUUGAGGCAUUGGUCGACGCUGUACUCGAUGGUCAACACAACGAGGAGCAAGGUGGCGACGACGACGACGAAAACAAUCAAAGUUCGUCGACAAUCGUCCAGGAGGUGAGCCGCAUUUUGGACACGAUAUUCAAUCCGAGAGCAUCGUCCAGUUCAAGUUCGAUGAACCAGGACGAUGAACCGGUUCAAGAUAUCGGUCACAGCACUCAACGCGUACAAGCAACUGAAAAUGCUCAACCAGAGGAGGCGCAAAAGGAACGAACGGAAUCGGCAACUGAAAAUGCAGUCGAGAGCAGUAGCGUAAACAACUCGAUCGAAACAAUGGAAAGUCAGCAGCUAUCAUUGGAAGAAGAAAAUCGAAAACUCAAAGACGCGCGGCUAUGCAAAAUUUGCAUGGUCGACGAAGUUGGUGUCGUGUUCUUACCAUGCGGACAUUUAGUUACAUGCUACCAGUGUGCAACGGGCGUAUCCGCUUGUCCUUUGUGUCGCCGAUCGAUUAAAGCGUACGUUAGAACGUUUCUUUCCUGAAACAAUCAAACAAAUUUAUUGGAUUAACUUAAAUUGAUGUCGAUGAACUUAGGCUACUAACUUAGACUACACAUUUGCCGGCGUUAUUUGAUAUUAACAGAAAAAAACAAGAAAAUAUUUUAUGGUAUGUGGAUACAUGUAGUGGGUUACAAACGAUACACUCGGUAUAUAAUAGUUAAAUGUAGCGUAAACGAUGAUUUAUGUCUCCUUCCCCGCACUAUAACAGUCGCCACACAAUCACUAAAAUUACGUCAUCCGGAAGAUGUCUAACUUUUGGCGAUUUGUUGAAGUGGUGACCGCAGGCGAAUGCAAACGGUUUGCAAAGACACGAUAGCAAAUUAUUUAAAAUUCGUUUGAACUGCUGAUGAACUGCAGUCUUAAAGUUGAAAUAUUGUUUCCAUCUUACGACUUCUAAAGUCUAAAAAAUGUGAACAUUACCGACGUUGCAUGUUUUUGUGUAUUGUGAAACGAGUGUGUGUUGUGACCUCAGUAUAAUUAAAUAUAUUAAAGCCGUGGCUCCCACAUCCGUAAUCGUCUACAUAGAAGGGCAUUCAAACCGAAUCCCAUUUCUCGGAUUGUAAUGCACCCAAAGUUCUACUACACCCAUUUUUAAUGUGCAAAGUCAAAACGUAAAGCUGUACCGUCUCAGACAGAGUGUAAUUAGGUAUCGAGUCUAUUACUUCAUUUGGUUAAGUAUUUGUGAGUUUGAGACUAAAUCUUCUUCUUCCUUAGUUUCAUCGUUUGCUACAGAAGACGACAUUAGUCAGAACCUAUAGUUUAAGUGUCUGGACGAAGUCGGUAAAAUCUCACACGAUCGUCUGUAAAGGGUUAAAUGUGACAAUGUGAGAAUACCCACUCAUUAUGUGUUCAUUUUUGAAACAUUCAGUUUUGGGCUCUGCUGAAUUCGCCAGCAAUUUCUUUAAUUAAACGACCUAGAGGCAAGCGAAACUACUUGUCUGUUUGGUGUGGGUUUGUGGACCAACUGAGUCAGUUGAGACAGCAAUUCCGAUUAUUUACCACUGUGACUAAUACGAAAUCACUGCGGGCGAUUAAAUGCAAAUUGAAGACUCGUACGUCUCGUUACUAAAUAGAGCUAUGUGGACCGACCGUCACCUUAAAAAUUUUUGUGCUCGCCCAGAAAAUCACAACCUGAUGAUGAUGAUAUUCCCAAACAUUUUUGACCCGCCCGAACUUUCUGCUAUCGGACGGGCCGAUUAAUUUUCAAUCAGGAUGUGAAAGAAUGGAAGCUUUAAAAGUUAAACACAAAUGUUCAUGGUGUCUCGGUGUCUUAAUGUAGUUACACUAUUGGAGCAUAUCAAAUUCGCUGACCAUGCACAACUAAUAGACACAAAAUUACAGAUGCAUUUGAAGGAGACCAUGACAUAUCCCCCUGAUUAACGAAACCUGAAAGGAAAAUAGCUCGAAAUCUAUUAGACUUUCCUUAGAGCAUUGGAAAAUUAUGUUAUUCGGUUCACUAGCACAUGACAUAAAAUUCCAUUCCAUCGAUUUCAAGCUGUUUCAAAACGAAAUUUCGAUCACAACGAGACAGUUUAUGGAAUUCGCCACAUCAAAAAUAUAAUUAUCAAAUCUCUCACUUUUACUAACAUAAGAUCCUUUACUUCAUUAGCAUAUGGUGCUAUAUUAGGCCGAAGGUUUAUGGCUCAUUUCUGCCAUUGAUAAUGACUUAUAAUGACUUUGGUCGAAAAGGUAUCAGGAGCAGGGCAUUUCAAAUCUGUGUAAUGUGUAUUUAACCACUGAUUCGUCUUGAGUCAACCGGUCGACGUUAAUCUAAAUGAUGAAUUUCCAAUAAAUUGAUUGAAAAAAAAAAUCUUGCCCAACUCGGGGACAAGUGUAAAUUUCUUUGUGAUUAAAAAUAUUCUAUAAAUUCUCUUGUAGAAAUCUAACUUUAGACUCCGAACUUAUGUUUACAUUGAUUUUGUGUUUAGUUUCCUUUAAAUUAAAUUAUUUUCUAAGUUUUUUUUAGGUUUAAGAAUGGGAGGGUCUCUGUAAUUAAUUUCGAUG